GAUGUAGUUUUCGAUUUUUUUGCGUUUUGAAGUUUUUUAAUUAGCUUAAUGAUGGCGACCGAUAAUUAUACAAAAUUUCCCUCUCAGUUGUGGGACAAGGUGCUGUCGAAGGUAAAGAAAGCGGUUGUAUUUAUGGACGACAAGUGUGCAGAGUGUCUCCAUUGGAACGGUGGGGCUGCCACUUUAUUUGAGGCUGGAGCAUGUAAUCUCAAGCAGUUUUCUAGCUUUGAAUCGUGUGGUAAGAAUGAACCAAAGGCUGUUUUUGUGGUUAGCACUUUGCUGAAAGGGCGAACAAUUGACAUUAUAAAAGACACAAUAUCCUUAAGUCACUUCCAAUAUUGCGUUGUCUUUACCAGCGUUGCCCACUCUGCACAUCUGCUUGCCAACAAUGUCACCACAGAAUUGGAAGGGAACCCUGUGUUCGAGCAGUUUGAAGAGAAGCUCUGCGAAUGGAUGGGAAACAUGAACUACACGGCUGAAGUUAUGCAUGCCCCAAUAGUCUUCGCGCCUGUGUCACAGCAGCUACUUCUCAUGCCUACCUUUCCAGAUCUUUUCCCACUGCUCUCACCUGACCUUGAGUCAAUUAAUGCAAAACGUCCGGAGAAGAAGAAGUUUGGCGGCCUGUAUGAUGUGGACAUACACUCUCUCCCUCCGGAACUUCAGAUUGAAAUUAAAUCUUUGGCGUCAGCACUUAAUGCUAUGUUUGAGGCCACAAACACGAGAGAAGAGAGCUUUGCUGUAGGUCCAAUGAGCCGCAUCAUUGCAGGAGAACUGACGAAUCACCCUCAAGCAAAGAACCGCAGGAAGUUAGCCCCCAAUAAAGCAUCAAUUAUCUUUGUGGACAGAACAAUGGAUCUUACAGGAGCUGUCGGUCAUCAUGGUGACAAUCUUGUGGAAAAGAUUCUGACAUUCCUCAAACCUUUACCCGGUCAUGUGACUGAUGUGCAAGUGGACAUGUUGGAGCUCACAAGUCUGCAGCAUAACCCCAACUCCCACACCACCCUAGCACCUGGCUGCCUGGCACAGACCCAAGAAACCUCCUCUGACUGCAGCACUGUGCAGAAUGUGGUUCUCAUUUCUUCAAGGUGUGUGAGCCCAGAGGAAGUGACCAUGGAGCGAGCCCAUUCUGCUGUAGAGAAAGUGUUUGAGACCCUCCGCGGCUUAAGCCAAACCAGAGACCACCUCAAGCAGCUGCGCUCUGUCUACACCGCCAGUGAUGGGAUUCACCAGGCGACCUACCGUCCCUUCCUGCGCCAGGUCCUGGAGGAAGUCUUCAACCCUGACAGAGUUGAAUGCCCUGACAUAGAGCACAUGUCAGGGGGCCUAACGGACCUGCUCAAGACUGGAUUUAGCAUGUUCAUGAAGGUGAGUCGUCCACACCCCAGUGACCACCCUCUGCUCUUCCUCUUUCUGGUCGGUGGGGUCACACCCUCAGAGCUUCGGAUGAUCAAAGAGGUCGUCUCUGCUCACAAACAAGGGACCCAGGUGCUGGUUCUCUCCACCAGACUGCUGAGACCAGCAGAUAUUCCUGAGCUCCUCUUCACCACCCAAAGACUGGUGCCCGACAUGGGUGUCUGAGCCCGACACGUGGAAGCACGCUCAUUUACACAUGCAAACGCACAUGUUCAUCACACCCAUAUAAACAUGUCAGAGGGUGCAGGCAUUGAGACAUUUGGAAAAGUAAGUGAGAGGCUGUGAAAUCACAGGGAAUCGUUAACAUAUUGGCAAAGCCAAAUUCUUCAGGAGCAUUCCUAUUGAGUACUCGUUUGGCUGGAUUGUUUUCUCUUGUAACUGUUUUAGAACUUUUAUUUUACUGUUCAGAAUCGAGCAAAUAUGAGUACUUAGAUGUGCUGAUGAUCCACCAUAUAUGAGAGCUCAUUGCAAAUGAGUGUGUGAAGAGAGGAAGGCGUCUUGGUGUAGUGAAGUGCAGUCUCAUACAGUAUAGUAGUCUGGAGAAUGCACGUUCUCUGUGGAGGUCCAUUCACGCUCCAUUUUAGUACAUGGAUCCAAUGACCGCUGAAUAAUUUCACACUUCUGCUGAUGCCGCUAACUUGCUAGAGCGCACCCACUGCCAUAAGGGUCCACAUUCCCCUUUCUGGCUCUGGUUAGUUUGGCCAGAGUUUGGUAUUUACGUCCACAUCCGCAAAUGUUCUCUGGCCUAAUAAAUAGCCAGAUGAGGCUUACAUUUGUGGUGUACCGUCUGCUUUUUAAGUUAUUUAUCCACCUUAUGGGCUGGAGCUAACGGGAGAGAGAGAGAAAGUAGAAACGAGUAGAGGAGAACGAUUCCCUGGUUGAUAAGCAUUCUAGCCCGCCUGACAGGGAGGUGAAGAUUGUUCAGGAAUAUCCACUGAAAUUCAACUGUUGUGAAUUUCAAUAAACAUAUCUCUAGCACAUCUUUCUACUAUGACAUUGCCAACUGAAUAAACCCACAUAACCAACCUGUGGCUGCAAAGAAAACAGUGCACAGUGUUACUGGAGGUUCAGCGUCUCCGGGGCGCUCACUUUUCUGUGGAUGUUUUCCGAUGAGAGAGGUCAGCGCUGAGAGAACAAACACAUGGACUCUUCGGAAAUGCCCUGUCCUAGAAAACUACUUGUGUCAGUGAGGGUGUUUUGUCAUGUCUUCUUUCUGUUCCAGUUGCCUGUUAUGAACAAAGACGCUCUAAUUGAAACAUUGGGUCACCGGGUUAUUUCCUUUACAGCAGGUCUAUUUACGUUAUAGCAUGUAUUUCCAGCCCAAUAAUGCGGAAGAAGCAAUAAAGUUCUCUGAAUACUGUGCAACUAUAACUCUCCUAAGUCAUUAUAGGAGUUAUGCAACAAAAUAAGUCGCUAAUUCAUAUUUGGUAAAACUUUUGACUUUACUCUGAUUCAAUGUCUUUGCUAGCAUGAGGCACAAAUGUUUUCCUGAGAAAAAAAAUAUUAGAAUGACCCAGAGGUUCAAGUGGAUGAACAGCAGCCAUUUUUCCCCCUCAUUUUCAUUAUGUAAUAAAUUGUAUUU